AUGUUUAUAUCUACAUACGUGCACGCAGCUGCCCCUGUCAGUUUCGUGGACUUGCUUCUUGCUGAGUGUGGGCAGAUGAGUGUGUCGUCCAUCGUUGAUGCCAUUGGAGGGGAAGUGGCGCUUCAGAGUGCGAAGAAGAUUGGCGAGGGUUCGUUCGCUGAAGUGUUCUUGUGCGACUAUAAAG